AAAAUUCCGAAGCCCCGGGGUGAAGUUAGUAGACCUGGGCGGGGGGGUUAUAAUUUACGGGUGGAACUCAAAUGGUCAACGGAUCGUUUCGAUAAAGUGAAGGCUUACAUCGAUAAACUCGUUCAAGCUCACCUGGAUUGCACGGAACCUCUCACCAGACAACUUGCGUCAAAGGUAGAGGAGGUACGAUCGAUGGCUGUAAAAAAAUUCCAAUUUCUUGAUGACUAUCGCGAUCAUUGGGCGGUGGAUGAUUUCAUCAGAUGUCAUCUGAAGUACCGCAAG